AUUUGGUGCAGGUACACAGUUUCCACCACAUAAAUUAAUGGAGUAAAAAAAUGUUCACCUACUCCACUUUUCAUGAAUUUCCACAAGAAUCCUUGAACUGACGGACCUUGUUUCAUUUUGGCACAGGGAGAAAUAUUGACACAAAUGACUCACAAGGUGACACGACCAAUGACUCUGCUUGACCAUACCCGGAGACCUAUAAAGGAGGAAGAUCUUUGUGGAUCCAGGCAUUUUAUUUCUGGAAUUCUUUUUCGCAGGACAUCUGGACAUUAUCAGGACAUUACUGCACAAAGAGGAAGAAAGUAACACAGAGGGCUCAACAACAGAAGGAAUAUGAAGAAGUCUAUCAGGAGAAUGUUCCAUCCUACAGAGGAGAAGGACAGUGGGCCUUACGAUGGGGUCAUCCUGCACUCUGACUCCUGCACCUCCAUUGAGGAAGACCCACAUCUCAUAUUCAAGUUGAUUCAAGAAGACAAUGUGAACCGUGUUCGGAGUUUCAUAUUGAAAAACCCAUCAGGUCUGAUGGCUAGAGAUGACAAUGAGGCCACGCCACUUCACUAUGCUUCCAAACUUGGACACUUGGAGCUAAUGUUAAUGAUUAUUAACGAAACGUCUGAUGAAGUCCUCAAUGCAGUGGACAAUAAAGGCUGUACAGCUCUACAUUGGUCUGUUAACAAGAACCAGGUGGACAGUGUAAAAGUACUCCUGAGCCGUGGAGCUAACCCAAACUUAUUGAACUUCUACAUGUUGUCUCCUCUUCACCUGGCCAUUCACAUGCAUUAUAACCAUAUUGUAGAGGCAUUACUUGAUAAUAGUUCUACAGAUGUUAAUAUACAAGGUGAACUUGGGAAUACACCGAUUAUGCAGGCUUGCUAUAAGGAUAAUUCAGAAGCCUUGUUAAUGCUGUUUAAACGCGACGCAAAGCUGUGCAGAAGAAACAAGAUAGGAUGUUUUCCCAUACACAUGACUGCGUUUGCCGGGUCUUUAAAGUGCAUGGACCUGAUCCUAAAGAAAGGUGAAGAAUUUGGAUUCAGCAUUGAAGAUCACAUCAAUUUCACAGAUAAUGAAAAAAGUAGCCCCCUCCAUGUGGCUGUCCAAAACGGGCGUUUGGAAAUUGUAAAAGCAUGCGUAAGAUAUGGAGCAAAAGUUGACCUCAAACAGGUAAUUGAUAAUGCCACCCCUCUGCACUUUGCUGCCACACAAGGAGCAACCGAAAUUGUGAAAUUUAUGAUCUCAUCGUACACCGGUGAAAACAAAAUUGUGGACUUGCCAGAUGGAAACAAUGAAACUCCGCUUCACAAAUCCUGCCUGUUUGAUCAUGUGGAGCUGGCAGAGUAUUUAAUAUCAAUGGGAGCAAAUAUUGACAGUGUGGAUAAUGAAUUACGCACUCCACUUCUGAUGGCUACUUCAUGUUCUUCUUGGAAGAUUGUAAAUUUACUUCUUGAGAGAGGAGCUGAUGUAAAGCUGACUGAUAAUUAUGGGAGGAAUUUUCUUCAUCUGACAGUAUUACAGCCAGGAGGCUUGAAAAACAUAAGAGAGGAAUUUCUACAGCAGGAGGAUGUCAAGAAACUUGUGAGUGAUGAAGAUGCAGAUGGCUGCACUCCCCUACAUUAUGCCUGCCGCCAUGGGGUUCCUAAUUCCGUGAACAAUCUACUUGGCCUUAACAUGUCACUAUUUUCCAAGAGCAAGAAUAAAAGAUCAGCUCUGCACUUUGCCGCUUUCUACGGACGUUAUAAUACCUGUGAGCGGCUCUUACGAUUCGUGCCAGAUGCCACACUUCUUAAUGAGGCAGAUGAAAAAGGACUGACUCCUCUACAUUUAGCUGCAGAAAAUGGACAUGACCGAAUAGCUUUUCUCUUACUCAAAAAAGGAGCUCUUCUUUUAAGUGAUCAUCGAGGAUGGACAGCCUUACAUUACGCAGCAUUUGGAGGCUACACCCGUACCAUCAAGGUUUUGCUGGAUACUUCUAUUACACUGAUUGACAAAGGGGACAAAGAAAAGAACACAGCACUUCAUAUAGCUGCCCGCGAGGGACAUUCCAAGGCUGUUGGUCUUCUGAUGGAAACUGGGGCAGCGAUUACAUUGAAUGCCCUUGAUGCUUCUUUCCUCCAUGAGGCGAUAUGUGCAGGAAGAAAGGAUGUGGUCUUUACUAUAAUUCAGAGUGAAAGGUGGGAAGAAGCUCUUGUUACAUUUAAGGACACUUCUAGUUUUAAGUGUCCCAUUCUGGAAAUGGUAUCUCAUCUUCCAGAGAGCCUAAAGAGUCUACUAGACAGAUGUAUGACUGAAUCUUCAGGGGACAAGAAGAGCUGGGAUUUUUUUAUUGAAUACAACUUCCGUUAUCUGCAAUGUCCUCUCGCCUUUAAGAAAAAGGGAAAACAAGAGAGCAAUGUCUAUUAUGAACCUCUUACUACUUUGAAUGCUAUGGUAAAUCUUAACCGUGUGGAGCUCUUGUCUCAUCCAGUUUGUAAAGAAUAUUUACUAAUGAAAUGGAGAGCAUAUGGAUAUAAAGCACAUCUUCUUAACUUAGCCAUUUACUCAUUGGGACUUAUUCCCCUGACACUUCUUAUAGUAAAUGCUGUGGCACCAAACAAUGGCACCAAUUCAACUACCAAGCAUGAGCCUUUGGAACUUCAGGACACAUAUUUCACACGCACGUGCAUGAGCAUUGUAAUGCUCAUGAGUAUUUUUGGAGUUGUGAAAGAAAUUGCUCAGAUGUUUCAACAGAAAUUCAAGUAUCUUACGGACAGCAGUAAUAUUAUAGACUGGGCAAUCCAUAUUUCCAGCAUCCUUUUUGCAUCAGCUGUCUGUACAAAUCCUCUUUACGUGUCCAGUUGGAAAUGGCAAUGUGCAGCAUGUGCUGUGUUUACAUCAUGGGUCAACUUUCUCAUUUACCUUCAAAGGUUUGAAUCAUGUGGAAUUUAUAUAGUAAUGUUUUGGGAGAUCCUGAGAACACUGGUGCGAAUUGUAUGCCUAUUCUUUUUCCUGAUUUUGGGAUUUGGAUUAAGCUUCUAUAUAGUACUAACUCCACAGACGGCAUUCAAGACCCCUAUCCUUUCUCUAAUGCAGACCUUUACCAUGAUGCUUGGUGAUAUUAACUAUCAUGACAGCUUUCUGGAGCCGCUGCUUCAAGAUCAGAUGGAAUACUCAGUUUUAGCAUUUUGUCAUCUGGUUGUAUUCACUUUGCUUAUCCCAAUCCUUCUGAUGAAUUUACUUAUUGGUUUGGCUGUUGGUGACAUUGCAGAAGUACAGCGGAAUGCAGCUCUUAAAAGGAUUGCAAUGCAGGUGAAUCUCCAUACAAAUUUAGAGAAGAAACUUCCAUACUGGUUCUUAAGGCAUGUGGAUCAAAUCAGUAUUACAGUUUACCCCAACCGGCCAAGACUAUGGGGAGUUGGUCUUUCAUCAAACUUGGUUCAUUUUUUCCGAGUUGCUUGUGAUGAGCUUAAAGCCGAAGCUCCUAACAAUGAUAACACAAUGGAAGUGGAACUUUGGAAGCAGAAGAAUAGGCUAAAAGACCUGUCCUCAGUAAUGCAGAAGCAGCAUGAACUUAUCAAGCUUAUCAUUCAGAAAAUGGAGAUUGUAUCCGAGGCAGAUGAAGAAGACCAGCAGGAUCUCUUUCAACAUAAUAAACCAAAGAAACAGAAUACAGAGCGCAAAGAAAGCAAAUGGGAUUAUGUGGUGAAAGCUGUAAAAUGUAAUAGUUGAACUGGUGCAAUGAUUCCUCUGUAUUCAUUUCACCAUAGAAACGUAUUUUAAGUGCUGCUUACAUCUGAUGUAUUGAAAUGUGUCAGUCAGGGCCUAAAUCUGGUCUGUGUCCUGUAACUAAAUUCCACCAUGUUUUCAUUUAAGGUUCAGGCAGUUAGUUUUAUUAAGUAGAAGUUGCAGGGUAUUGUACAAUAACAAUCAUUGCUAUUUAUUCCCUGUCCCAGGAAAUUCCUUACUUCUAUCUCAAAGAAUGGAUGUUCUGGUCAUUAUUUGUUGAAUGUUUGUUCCAACACUGAAUUUUUUUUUGCAGACUAAAAACACUUACCCUUGCUUUUUUGCUGCUUAUAACUGACUACAGGUCUGUGUAUAAGGGACAGGUCCUAAUAAUGACAGAACUCCUAUCAGGGCUCAUGCACAAAUCUCUGUAGGAGUCUCUAGGUGCAUGAUACCUCCCAUUUUUUAUACAAAGCACAUAGAACAUUGUUUUAUAUGUCAGAAGCCAUAUAAAACAUCUGGGGGGAAAUAUGUAAGUAUAGCAACACAUGGGUAUUGUGCAACAAGGCUGUAUGGCUCUGUAUACUACUAUACAGAUGUGUCUUCACUAAUCUUAACCGUC